AUGGCCGAGGCUGGACAACAAAGAGCCCUCGCGACUGCUUUCGCGCCGCCACCUCCCCUAUGGAAACAUUUCACUCCAGAUAACAUCAAGAAGCUCGAGGGGAUCAAGAAGGAAGCUUCAAAGGGAGAAGAUGGGAAAUCACGGAAGAAGAAGUGGACGGCGGCUGAAUUACGCGCUCUCGAUCUCCCUCCAGAGCUUCGUUUCCUUGUGCCACCUGAAAUUCCCACAGAGCAAUACAGCGUUUUUGGGGAGCUACAAAGCCUUUCGACCGCCCUCCCAUCCUUACAAGAACAAGGCAUUGAACAACUCUACCCCUCCCCUCCAGCAGACGCCGAUCGUGAAUCUCCAGCGAAACCUUCCCAGCCGCUAAACCACGCCUAUUAUCUUCUCAAAAUCAGCAAAUCUCUACUCUUAAACUUCCUUGACUUUGUUGGCAUUCUCUCGGUAUAUCCGGAACAGUUCGAAUCCAAGGUGGAGGAUCUGCGCAACCUAUUCAUCAACGCGCACCAUCUUCUGAACUUGUAUCGGCCUCACCAAGCGCGAGAGUCCCUGAUUCUGAUGAUGGAAGAACAAUUGGGCCGGACAAGGGAGGAGAUCCAGGAGAUGGACAAAGUGAAGGUUGAGAUUGAAGCAGCUCUGGAGAAGCUGCAAGCCGAGGGACUUGAUGCGGAUGCUGCCAUGCAGGCCGCCGAGAAAGGCAACAAGCCGAUAGAAUCAAGCGAACAGCAGGCUGAAGAUUCUCGACUGAUGUGGGACCUCUUGGAUGAGAAUAAUUGA